UAGUAUCUUUUUAAUCAAGGAUGUGGUUAAACUCUAGCACUUGGGGUCUCUACAAGUGUCUAACUAUACGCUGCAGUCAAGAAAAACAUUAAAUGGAACUCACCGACAGGGAAUGGGAAACCUCCUGAUGUUUUCAAAGGAAAAGGCGAUGAUAUAAAAUGCAGCAUACCUCCUGUACAGAGGAUCGCAUCCAUCAUGCCCUGGAGAGAUGUCUACACGGAUUGGAUAGAACUGUCUCCUCUAAUUGGAAGGCUGGGUUCUGUGUGAACCGUUGGAGCUUGGAAGAACUCGUGAGCAGAGAUCCCCACAGCUUUUUAAUCCUCAUUGAGAAGAUACUGCUCAAAACUCAGGAGGUGCAGGAAAUGUGUCAGUAUGACUUACUGGUGCCACUAGCUUUAAUGUUUUAUUCUACUACUCUACGAACUCCGUAUUUUCCGCCUGAAUGUAACCUACUCAAGAAUGCAUACAAUAUCUACCAUGGUCUUCUGACGUGGCCCAUACCUUAUUGUAAUAUUUGCAAGGACCUUCUAACAUUUAUCCAAGAUGAAAUGAAGGCACCAGGAAUCUCAUUCCAGAGGUUGGUGAGAGCAGAACAAGGGUUAACAACCAAAAACCUUCAAAACAAAACAAUAACGGUACUCCUACUGAAUCCAGCCGAAGUAUCCAGUGAGUUUCUGUCAGUGGCUGAGAAAAUCAGCAACAACAAACAGUCUCUGGGAACCUCUUACAUCACCUUGGUUAAGCACAUGUACCAGGCCGUUUUUGGUGUCAAGUAUUGUUUGAAUGACAUUCAAAAUGCACUUGAGACUAAAGCUGCAGAUGAACUUUUGGAUAUUUUCUCGAAUUGUUCUGAUGUUAUGGAGAUCGCAGCAACUAUGGAGGAUCCUGCUAAAGCCAAGGAAUAUUUAGUGAACAAGUUAGAGGAGAUAAAGGAGAGAUUUGGAGUGCUCCCAGAAACAGGCCAGAAUGCUAAACUGCAAACAAUUCCAUUGCCAGUUGCCAGUUGCUAUAGCUACCACUGGGACAAGGAUAAUUUUGAUGUUUUGCGUGAUAUUCUUCUGAAAGAAUGUGAGAUUCCUGACAUGGCAUUACUUCCCUUGUCUGACAAUAAUAACGAUGAAGAGGAGUUUGAGAAGGAAGGGGAGGAGGAUGCAAUUGAAAAUGAGCGAGAUUCCGUGAUAUCUACAAUAUCUGUGACAUCUAGAGAUUACAUGAAAUCAUUUGUCUCCAAUCUCUCAGACUGUAUGGACAGUGGUUAUAUAGAAGAUGGGGAUGAAAGUUCACCUGAGACAACAAGUGUGUCCGACCAGAAAGAGGAAAAGCACUGUAGAGUGGGAAAGAAACUAACGGAAAAAAUAUCUAACUUCUUCAGAGCCAGGAACAGCCUUACAAACAAAGCAGAUCCGAGAUACUGUUUAAACAAGUCCUCCACAAACCUGAGUAAAAGCAGCUACAUCUUAUCAUCGAGUAGUUUACCACUUCGCCGGGCAGAAAGCUUGGGCUGCACCGAGAUCAAAUAUAAACUUCCGAUGAAGUCCAGGCGCUCCAACUCCCUGCCGCAACAUGCAACCUUUAAUCAUUGUUUUGAACGACAUUUACAACAAAGCACGUGCUUCAAAAGGAGACCAUACCUCAGCUUCGAGGAUGAGUGUAAAGCCAUGACACUGCGAAUUGUUAUUUUUGGUACUGACAAAGUUCUUGGAAAAGUCGCAAGAGCCUACAGCCGUCUCAGAUUACAAGAGAGUAAAUGUCCCUUUCUCACAAAAUACUUCAGGAUGCAAUUUUUUUAUAUUCCUUUGCAAAGAGACUCACUAAGAAGUGCAGUACAGUUUACAAACCUCUCCCCAGAUAACCAGCAGAGACCGCCAACACAACUGGACUUCAGUUCAGUCGAGGCAGCAGACAAAGAUAGUACCAAUAAUAUUGCACGCUAUAUUGGAAUGUUGGAUUCCUGGUAUGAACGAAAUGUUCUAGACUUAUUGACCUUACCAACAACUCUGCUUUGCCAGGAACCUUCUAAGUCUGAGAAUGAGCCUGCUGAAAGAGUGCAAGAGAAGCUUUCCAUCCUGGGUGACCUGAUCCUUUAUUAUUGCCGGAAUGCUGCCUAUCCAGUGUUGGUCCAGCUUUACCAAGCAGAGCUAACCCUGGCAGGGGGUGAGAGGAGAUCUGAGGUUUUUGUUUAUUCACUCGAACUGGGACAAUCUGCUGCUACAAGAGCAAUUAAAGCUUCAGGACCUGGGAGUAAAAGGCUUGGCAUUGAUGGGGACAGAGAAGCAGUUCCUUUAGCGCUGCAGAUUGCCUACUGCAAGGCCACAGUCAGCAGAAGAAACCAAUGGAACAAUGUAGAGAAGAACUGUACAUCUGUAAAUCUUAGCAAGGCCUGCAACAAAUAUGAUGAGCUGGAAUUCAAUACAGAAUACCUUCAUCUUUCAAUGACCGAGGUGGUGAAACGACAGAACUCUAAAUCCAAGAAAGGUUAUAACCAACAAAUAAACGUGACCAAAAUCAAGAUUGACAAGGUACAGAUAAUAGGGAUUAAUAAUACCACGUUUGCUGUUUGUCUGGACCAGGAUGAGCAAAAGGUUCUUCAGAGUGUAACAAGGUGUGAGGUGUCUGUGUGUUACAAGCCUGAAAACAGUCUGCCUCAGAAGUUGAGGAAACAUACUACUUUUCAGAUGCAGCAGCAGCUGUCAAAAUUCUACUCACUCCUCUGUCUUCCAAUCAUUACGUUUAGUGGAGCUGUGCCAUAGGAGCUGCAGAUGACAAUACGUUGUCCCUAUUGCACUACUGGGUGAAAAUAUUGUUGCGCCAAAACAAAGGACUUGAUUGCAAUGUGUUGGCACUGACAGAUUUACUGUUAUGUAAAUCUAAUUUUACCUUGACGCUCACAAAAUUCCUCAGAUGACACAGGUGUUGUAAAUUGUGAUCUAAAUGGGACAGAUAGUGCUACAUAAGUUGAUGUGUAGCCAUUGCUAACAAAAUUGCAAGGGAAGGAAAAUUCUGAUUCUAAGGCAACUGGUAGCUAUUUUUUUUUUGAACCAUUUCAGAUCAUGGAACUUCAUGUUCUCAAUUUAGCAGGAGCUAGCUUUGGUCUUAACUUAUGAAUUCAAAUGGUGCAAAUGUAAUUUCCCAUCAGUCUGUUGUGCCUGAUGCAUUGUAGGACAGAAUGAACUUCCGUCACAAUGUUAAGUGGGUGGACUGGAAAUCAGAGAAUUUAGCUUAAGUAGGAAUUUUAAGUCUAAGGGAGAAAAUAACAAUCAAAACCUUUCAAUGGACUAAAAGAUAAUUAAUUGCAAAUCAACAUAAAGGCCAAAGUUUUUUUGUAAAUACUUUACUCUGGUAAGUGGUGGGCUGGGGGAGGAAACUAUAAGAACUGUUGGAAGCAUAAAUAUAAAUGAAAAAGGAAAGGAGAGCAUGGCAUAGAUUAAACUAAAUUUACAUACAUAGUAAGUAAAAUGUUAUAGGGCAGAAGGUUAAAUUAAAAUGAUAGAUGCUGAGUUAAACUUCUCUAUACCAUUUUAUACUGCAUCCAUAUGAAACAGAGAAACAAAAGGCAAUAAUAUAUGAUAAAGAAAUGAAUGUGAUUGGGAUUAUUGAAACAUGGUGAAAAAUAUCAGAACUGUAAGCAAUGUAAUCUAAAAUAUAUUUAGAAAAGUUAGAGAAAAAAAGAGAUGGAAUGGAAAAUGAAUUAUAGUACAAGUGUGUAAGAUAUGCCAUUUUAGUACAAAAAAAAGUAAAUCACAUGUUUGGCAAACAAGAACCUAUGUAGUUAAAGAAACAAGGGAAUUGGGAGCACAAAUAUCAAACUCAUGAAACUCAUGAAAUUGACACAGGUUAACAAGAUCACUGAGAAAAAGACAAAUGAAGAAUUAAUUUCUAGAGGGAUAGAAUUGAAAUAUAGAGAAGAUCCAUUAACCUUGUAUCAAGAGUAGACCUCCACUUGGACUAAUGUACAGUCCAACCUCGAUUAUCCGAACAUCAGUUAUCUGAAUUUCGAAUUAUCUGAACAAGAUCUCAAGGUCGUUAAAAAUGUCGUUAGGCAACUCAGCCUUCGGUUAUCAAUUAAACAGCAUUAUGGCAUGCAUUGCUGGAUAACCGAGACAUGUAUGAUAACUGGCACUCAAAUUACCCCUUGUUUACAAUCAGAUCAGUUACCCGAAGGAUGAGUAUCUGAACAAAAUACUCCCUGCCCGUUUCAUUUAGAUAAUUGAGUUUUUACUGUACAUGAUUUUUGUCAACAUAUUGUCAAAAGGAUGGAGAAACACUCAGGAAGCAGUAAAAUAGAUUUGUAAAGAUGAUAUCAGAAAUACAAAGUUGUACCUAUGAGGAAAGGAUGAUUAGCUUGUUCUGAAAAAUGAAUCUUGUAAAUCAUGUAUGUUUUAAUGUUGGUGUAGAUAGAGAGCUUUAGAGUUUCACAUGUGCAGAAGAGCAAAACCUGAGACCAACAAUCUAAGAUAUUUAUCAAGACAUCAAACAGAUAAUUUAGAAGAACCCUCUUUCCAGCACUGAGAACGAAAUAUUCACUAUCAGAGAGAAUGGUUGAGGCAAAUAGCAAAGGUUCAUCUAAGAGGAAGCCAGAUAAAUAAAUCAGGGAGAAAUGAUGAGGGUUAAUUCUGACAGCAUCAGAUCUGGAAGAAUGGGAGAAGGCUGAAGUAGGAAAUAAUGGUAAACAUGGACUGUUUAAACCAAACGGUCUGUUACUAUAUUGUAUACUCCAUGAAAUUCUGUGAAAAAUCAUAAGAGGAAUAAUCUGGUUACAACUCAUAAUGUAGGCAGUGCACUCUGCAGAAAAUGCAAGCCUUUACAGAGGGGAUAAUAAAUCAGUGCUAAUCUUUACUGAUCUAUUGUAACUUGUGGUGUAUGAUAGCUCCAUGAGAUUCCUGGAAUAGUAGCCUGGCCUUUUUGAUUAAGGAAUGACAUGUGAAACUGGGAUGGUCAGAAAAGGAACUAAAAGAAAAUACAAAACUUGAAUUCAAACAAAGUUAAAAAAAUAAAUCUCCAUUAUAGAGUAUCUUUUCGUGCUUUAUAAAGAAUGCACGCUAAGGAGAAUCUAACACUGUGUAUUCAUAAAUAUUCUAUUUGAUAAAUUGUUGUAAAUUUAGCGGCUUCCUAAUGUUAACAUAAAGAUGUUAACAUAAAGUAAAGAAAUGUCUGGUGCAGAAUUCCAUUCUCUUGAUUCCUUUCCCAUUAAACACAAUAAUUGAUCCCGUGACAACUUUUUAAAAAAAAAACACGGCUGAUUGUGUUUACAGGAUGAACACAGAAACUCCUGCUGAUUGGAGGUUUGGUGUGAGGUGUGUUGAACACAAUUGUCAUAAGCAGGAGGUCAUCCAGAUUUUUCAUAGACUCUCAAGCCACUUGUGUUUUCUCUGGCCUUGAGGUGUACAUGUUCCACAUCUAUGUGGAUUACACAAAAUUACGGAUCUUCUUUCAUUUUUGCUGAAGGCUGCUUCUUAAUUUUUGGUUGCACUUUCAGCUCUGCACUCUUUUGGUCACUAGUGGAGGGGAAUGGGCAGAUCAGAGAACCUUCUCAUGGAUUUGGUCUUGGGCCUGGCAUACGUGGCCACUAACCGGUCCAGGCAGUGGGUUUUACAGAGUUCAACUGACUGCCCCUCUUUCAUGGGCCCUUCUUCAAGUCGAUUCUCCUGCUCCUUUGAUGCUGCCUGACCUGCUGCGCUUUUCCAGCAACACAUUUUCAGCUCUGACCUCCAGCAUCUGCAGUCCUCACCUUCUCCUGCCCCUCUUUCAUGUUUGCAUCCAGGCUUAGGUGUCCAUAGAGGAGGAAUACCCAGUGCCAAUAGCACUCCAUAGGGGCUAGAGUGCAUUAUCUCUACUGAACACCAAGCUUUAAUUUAAAAUUUAAGUUUGUUUUGGAUAUUUGAUUUUAUUGUUACAGUGCCUUUUAGUUUGGGUUAAGUUGGAUUGAUUUGGUUAUUUUCCGUGAUACUUCAAAAAUGUAUAAUCCUCUGGGAUGGCAUAAUGAAUCUACCUCUGAAGCUUUGGGUUCAAGUUUCAAUCCAGGACGUAAUGGCCAUGGAAGCUGUCUUCAUAAAUCGGUCAAACAGGUUCAGUAUCAACUUGUAACUCCUUUGGAUCCAAAGAGUAGAAACUCCUGGCAAAGACCUUUAAUAGGUGUCAAUUGGCAGCUUCUUUCUUGUCUUCCUUGGUUUCUUUUAAUUUCCAGAAGUGUUCUUACGCACAAUUGAAUGUGAUUUUGUUACACCAAAUAACCUGUGUUUUCCAAUUUAUUCAUUUGUAUGCAAAGCGCAUUAAGAGCAAAACAGAUGACCAAAGAUACUCUUCGUUUCAAUUGAAACCCUAACUAAUUUAUACAAUUGAGUAUUUUAAUUAUAAAUUCAAAAAUAAUGAAUUGAAUGUCAAUGAAUAGUUGUCCUUCUGAAGCUAGAAACUCACACCAUUGAAAUGGUGAUUUGAGUUCAAAUUGUUUGCAUAAUUAUUUACCAGUAUUCAAUUGUGAUGGGCCAAUAAUAUUGACCGGUAUAAUACUAUAAAGUUCUUUAUUGAUUUUGAUACUGUUUACUGGUGUCACUGUUACUGAUGAUGGGUCAAAAUUGUUUCAAUUUCUUUAUACUUAAAAUUCUAAAAAAUUAUGCUUGCUCUCAGUUUUAAGAAAACUGUGAUUUAAGACACAGGAACAGUGUAUUCUUGUAUAUAGGAAAUAAACAAGAAUGCAUUCUUUAUGCACAAUGUAUCCGGCAGAAAGAUUCCCUAAUUGGCUCUGUGAAUUGCACAUUUGUUUAAUUAGAGUAUACAAUUAUCUGCAUAUUGUGGCAAAUGGAUACUCUAGAACCUAUGAAUUGCUGAUGUUUAUAUUUUAAAAAUGAAUUUUGAUCCAGCAGUCGUUUACAAACAAUAUUCAGCUGGUCUAUUUUGGAUGGAGUCCGAAGCCUGCUUGAAAAGUAACCAGCUUCUGCAAGAUGAGUACAAUACGUUUGUGGGCGAUGUUGCGAUUUGAGCACGUUCAUGUGGAAAUUCCUGACUGUGGCAUAGGAAUUUAACUUCUUUUAAAUUGACCAAACUGGUCUUAUGUUUAUAAACCAAAUAUGAUAGCAACAAUUUGCUUGUCAGUUUGAAGUGAUGUAAAAUGUGCAAUAAUUGUAUUUCUAUUGCGAGUUAUUUUUGUUUUCCUCAGUGACUGCCACUGUAUACUAACAGCUUCAGAAAGUGCGAUAGCAGUUUAUUUCAUUUCCCUCAUAGGGCGGUUAUACAAAACUUUCAGAAAUGGAUUGCACUGUCUUUACGGUACUGGAUUGCACACUAAACUGUAUAUGUUUGUAUAGCUAAGGAACAC